CGCGGCCCAGCCUCGGGGUCCCAGGCUGAGGGAGCCGGGCGGAAGUGAGCGGGUCCCGCCCCUUCCCCCUCUCGUUUUCGUCGGAGCCGCCGCCGCCGCCGUUGCCGUUACCGUCGCCGCCUGCUCUCCGUGCCGUACCCUCGGUCCCCGGCCGCGCGGAGCCGGGAUGCACUGCUCCUGCUGUGGGUCCUCAUCAUGGAGACUAAACGGGUGGAGAUUCCCUGCAGCGUCCUGGACGAUCUCUGCAGCCGAUUUAUUUUGCAUAUUCCCAGCGAGGAAAGAGACAAUGCUAUCCGAGUGUGUUUUCAGAUUGAACUUGCCCAUUGGUUUUACUUGGAUUUCUACAUGCAGAACACACCAGGAUUACCUCAGUGUGGGAUAAGAGACUUUGCUAAAGCUGUCUUCAGUCAUUGUCCAUUUUUGCUGCCUCAAGGUGAAGAUGUGGAAAAAAUUUUGGAUGAAUGGAAAGAAUAUAAAAUGGGAGUGCCAACAUAUGGUGCAAUUAUUCUUGAUGAGACACUUGAAAAUGUAUUACUGGUUCAGGGGUACCUAGCAAAAUCAGGCUGGGGAUUUCCAAAAGGAAAAGUAAAUAAAGAAGAAGCUCCUCAUGAUUGUGCUGCUAGAGAGGUCUUUGAAGAAACUGGUUUUGAUAUUAAAGAUUAUAUUUGUAAGGAUGAUUACAUUGAACUUCGAAUCAAUGACCAGCUUGCUCGUUUGUACAUCAUUCCAGGAAUUCCAAAAGAUACCAAAUUUAACCCGAAAACCAGAAGAGAAAUUCGGAACAUUGAGUGGUUCUCCAUUGAGAAAUUGCCCUGUCAUAGAAAUGAUAUGACCCCAAAAUCCAAACUUGGUUUGGCACCAAACAAAUUUUUUAUGGCCAUUCCUUUUAUCAGACCAUUAAGGGACUGGCUUUCUCGAAGAUUUGGCGAUUCCUCAGAUAGCGACAAUGGAUUUUCCUCAGCUGGUAGUACACCAGCUAAACCCACUGUGGAAAAAUUGAGUCGAACCAAAUUCCGCCACAGUCAGCAAUUAUUUCCUGAAGGUUCUCCCGGUGACCAGUGGGUAAAGCACAGGCAACCACUGCAACAAAAACCAUAUAAUAAUAAUCAUUCUGAAAUGUCUGACCUUUUAAAAGCAAAGAGUCAAAGUAUGAGGGGAAAUGGCAGAAAACAGUAUCAAGAGUCACCUAAUCAAAAGAAAAGAACAAAUGGGGUCCACAGCCAGCCAGGCAAGCAGCAGAAUCCCUUGAUGAAAUGUGAAAAAAAACUUCAUCCACGAAAGCUUCAGGAUACUUUUGAAACAGAUGCUGUAUAUGACUUACCUUGCUCCGGUGAAGACCAGUUGCUAGAACAUGCCGAGGGCCAGUCUGUGGCAUGUAAUGGACGUUGCAAGUUCCCCUUUUCAUCCAGAGCCUUUUUGAGUUUCAAGUUUGACCAUAAUGCUAUAAUGAAAAUCUUGGACCUUUGAUAGCAACAAAUGUGUUGUGGAAGUUCCAAGAUCAGAGACUUGUUGCAUUUGAGUGGGUGUCUCUUUGAGCCUUACCUUUCUCAGGUGUUUUAAAGAAAUGCAGGGAGGCAAUGAUGUUUCUGAAGAGAUGUUCUAUGUGCAGAAGAGAGAGUAGAAAGAAACAUGAGUUUGCACUGUAAAUGCAGUUAUAACUUUUUAUACAUACGUACCUUUUCAGUGUUUGGCUAAUGAAUUUAAGUUGCUUUUUAUGAGGGCAUUUUUUUCUGUGUGAUUAUGGUUUUUAUUUUGUAUUCUGGUCAAGAAAAUAGUGUUUGAGUCAUCACUAACAGCUAAGUUAAUGGGAAUGCUCCAUCAACCCAUUACAGUGAUUGUAUUGAUAACUACUAGUUUCCUUAUAUUGAAAAUUUUAAAAGAAACUUAAAAUACACAAUUAUUAAAUGAAUACAAGAGCUGAAAUGUCACAGAAGUCAAGAUUGCAGGUCAUCUGCUUUGGUGGCAUUUUGUGCCUAUCUCUGCUUCUAACCACUUAGGUUUUCUAAUCCUCCUCUGCUAGGAGUUUUGUUAAGGUUUUAUUUAGAGUCAGCAUCUGCUAUACAAUGUUCAUGUUCAAAAUGAACUCUCAGCACUUCAUUAAAGGACAAAGUCCUCAGCCUGGAGAGGGACUGAGUUGGUUGGGCGGGGAGUUGAUGCUCUAAUUUUGAAUUGUGCUGUGUGCAGUCAGUGAACCUGGGAGACCGCGGAGAGAGGGUAGUGGGGAGAGAGCACGGGGGCUGGGACCCCGAUACUGCUUUGGUCACAUCUGCACCAUCCUGCUGCCAGCCCCUUAGUAUCAUAUGAUGAUUUUGUUCUUGUGAAACUUUAUUCUGUAUUAAGUUGUGUAAAUAUGUAUGGAAUACUGACAUUAUUAGGUUUUACAUUGCAUCUCAGUGUUGAUCUCUGGAAACUGAUGUUAUAUUAGGUUCCAAUUUGCAGUAGUAGCAGAGACUGACACACUUUUAUUAGCAUGAAGCCCCUAGAUGAUGGAGCCAAAGGGAAGGGUAUGCAGUGUACCCAAGUACAGAUAAAGCAUUUCACUAGGGGAGGAUCAGAACACGGAAGUAACGUGUAUAAUUCACUCCUAGGAAUGUAUUUUGCUCCUUUAGGAUUCUUAAAUCCAAAUAAGGAUGGCAGUGCCCAUUUAAAGAAGGAUUUUAGCUAUAUAAUUGAGGACAAUCACCAGGGCUUUAAGGGGCUUUAGUGUUUGGGCUGCUUCUAACCUCAUUGAAGGUGUUUCUUUGGGGGUUGCGGGGAGAGUGUGAGCAUAUGCGUGCGUGUGCUUCUGUCAUGUGGGUUUUAAAAAUCUUUUUUACAUGUGGUAUCCACAAAAUAUAUCUCUGCUUGUAAAUUUUAUUGUAGAAAUCUUUAUUCUGUAUAGAUAGCCUAUUUAAUAGGGGUUCUAUUUAACCCGGUGGGACUUUCAAAAGAAGUGCUAUUGUAAGGAGUUCACUUGGUAUUAAUUUGCUUUAGCUUUUCAAUGGCUUGAUUUUAAAGGAGAAAUUCUAUUUAUUAAUACAAGUGUCACCCUCCUGGUGCUAAGCAGGAUAAUUCAGUUAUAGCAGUGUGUUUAGAAUUAGGUUACUCACAAUCCUGCGUCUUUUAAUGUGACAAAUUUGUGAAUCCUUCUGUGACCUUUUAAAAAUGCAUUAUAUGAUUGCAUUAGGAAGCUCUUAACUGUUCUUUCCAAAAAUACAGCUGCUUUGCUUGGGUCUCCUUGAGCCAUAUUUUUAGUUGGUCCCAGCAUUCCAGAUUUCUGUUAAAUUAUGAACAGAAACAGUGAAAACUGUUUGCCUGGCAGGUAAAUCAUUUUCACUCAUUUACUGCCAUCUGGAAACUUUAAUUUUUAGUGAUUUUUGUAGGGGUUUUCCCUUUUUAAGUGAGUGCUUUGGUCAGUCUUUCUGGUGCCUCAAGUUGGAACUUUCAGCUCUCGAUACUAAAGCAGAAGAGAUUAGUUACCAGAAGUAUGGCCUCCAAUGGUGUUGAGCCUUUUCAGGAACCAACCGAUGAUCUCUUUUCGAUAAUGGUAGUUUAACUAUGGUUAAAUAUUAUUGCUGUUGUGCUGCUUCAUUUAAUGCACUGUGGGUGGAACAAAAUAAGGGUCUUGUUGGAAUGGAACUUUGGUAACUUGAGGCUUUUAGCUCUCUUGACAGUUUGAGAUUUAAAAAAAUGUUAAAAGAUGCGAUUUAAAGUUUAUGUGUGUGAUGUGACUUAACUAUGCAGAAAAUGUAUAAGUUGGAUGUACAUGUUUUAUGUACUUCUGCUAUACUUAUUCCCUCAAACCUGUGUAUUAAGUUUCUCAGUGUUCAGGUUACCUUGAGAAAGGCCAUGCUUAGCAUAGAACUAGCUUUCUCGAUUGAGAAAUUUUAGCACGGUUUGAAGAAAUCAAGUGAUAAAGGAGAGUGCUGAAUAUGCAGUACUUGACUUCUGUGUGCUGCGUUUUAAGAAGCUAGAUGAGAAAAGUGUUGGGUUGGCUUCAUUAUGUUUUAUGUCUUUGAGAGAACAGGUCUUUCGAAUCCACUUUUUCAGUGUUCUUAUGUUCCAGCCUUAUAUGUUCCAAGGUUCAGUGCACUGUGAAUCUUUUAUUUUUUAAAAUUUCUUAGGUGCUUUUAUGUGUAACUGUAGUGAUUUGUAAGAUGUUCAAUGAAUUGUUUUUGUACUUAACCAUUGUAAUCCAGAAGAUAGGGGUAUGGUUUACAUGCUUUCAAAAUUUUUGUUCAGAAAUAGCAAAUGAAUGGUUUUAGGAUUACAAACCGUGAUGCUCUCCUGAGACAUGAGCAUUUGGGGAAGUGUGAGAACCUAAUAGAGCUCUUUUAGCAUGGGUGAAAUUUGAAUGAAGAUGUUUGAAAAUUAAGUUGCUUUUUCAUGGUUAUAUAUAAAGGUGAGUUUCCUGUGCUGUAAAGGAAUGGUGGUCACUGCUUGCUGCUUUGAACAUGGAUAUCCUUAUUUUUCUAUUACAUAUCAAUUAGUAAGUACAGAUGAUGAAGAUGUAUAACAAAAUUUUAUGCUAUGAGAUUGGGUUGGUAUUUUGUCUUUUAAGUCUUUAGUAAUUUGUAUGUUAAUAUCAAAAACUCCUCAAAUCUAAGUGAAUAGCAUCCUUCCACAGGAUUAAAUUUUUCUAUAAAACUUAAUACAUUGUGGUAGUCUUUAGAAAAGUUCAGGUCUGACUGCAUAUGUACAUUAAAAAAAUUAAAAACAUUUCAUUACGUAUUCCCUCACCUUUUUUUUUGUUUGCUUCCAACAGUUAACUUGAACAGUAAGGAGCAAAGUUAGUUAAAAAAUUAGACUUUUUGCCGAGUUAUUUUUCUUACUCUGAUGACAUCUCUUGGCUUUUUAUCUUUCUUUUUGUACCAGCGGACCUCCCUCUGCCCACUCAGAGAUUUUGUUUUGAUUGACAUCUAUUGUCUUUGUAUUCCCUGAGGCAGUGUUUUCUUCACAUAUUAAUCAUAGUUAAAAGGUCAGAUUUGUUAACAUUUUUCUGAUUGAAGAAAAAUAAGUGUUACCUAGCAAUUCCGACUUGGAUAUUUUCUAGCCUGGGGAAGGGGGCUCACGUGUCACUGUAACUUUAGAUUAAUGGUGAGCAGGACAAAGUCUUGUUCCGUCUGAAGGUAUCAAUACCCUGUAAGUACCUGUCUCUAGGUAAACGGGUGUUAGUAAGUAACAGUUUUGUUAAACUAUUCCUGAUCAUUUGGUAAAGCCUAGAGUUCCUUACUUUGUAUUCUGUCCGUAGACUUUAAGAUAUAUUUGUAUAGUUGCCAAGAAUUCUAAAAAUGAGAUUAUGAUGGGCUUUCUCAGCAUCUUUUUCUUCUUAGAAUUGAGUUGCUCUUGAAGUUUGUACUCCUCUGUCAUAAAGAUGGCAGAUUGCAGGUGGACAGUGUAGGUUCUGUCUAAUGCUUUCAAAGUAGAGUUCUGGAUUGCAGUUUCAAAAAAUAUGAUAGGUUUAUUAUUAUAGAAUAAAAGUGCCCUGAAGGAAGAAGAUAGCUAUAGUUGCUGGGCAAAGAAAGCAUGAAGAAGAAAUUUUAGAAAAUAAAAUCAAUUAUUGAGUGCUGUAUGAUGCACGAGGCUAGAAAUGUGAUCAUUGCCUAGCCCAAGCAGAGUCUAAUAUAUGUGGCCAUUACCAAGCGUUUUCUGGCUCUGGGUAUAAUUUUUUCUAAGUAUGGUUGCCAAGCAAUCCAGUAAAUCUAAUGUAAUUUUUCUCACUUUAAUGAUCAGUGUUUGGGAGUCUGGUCCUUCCUAUGCUGAUUAGAAGUACACGGCUUUCUUACAGGAACGCAACCCAGAGUAUACACAGCCGUAAUCAGCUGUGUGUCGUAGUCCCUUCACAUGGUAGCCAUAUAUUUGUCCUGAAUAGUGAUGCUUUCCGUCUAGUUUCCUGUUGCAGACAGUAUUUAUUACUGAAUUGGUGGUUUGUAGCUAGGGAACAGAGUAAAGCUACCUCCCCUGCCUGGGAGUGGACUUGAAGUGUUGGCUUCCACCAGCUUUGUUGCUCAGACUUUAACAUAAGGUACAGAGAAGUGUAAACAAAAAACUACGAUAAAUUAUGAAAGUUUUAUCUUGAGAAAACAUUCAUAAUUGACUCUUUAAUCUGGGUUCCUUAUGAAAUCACCAGUAAAGAGAUUUCAUUUGUCUUGGGUCUUCUGUUGUUAGCAGAGGGCAUGGUCUAGCUAUGGUAGCUUGAAAGCACAAUCUAAGAGGAAUUAACCUUAACAAGGUUGCAUUAGCUGUGUAGUGCUGGUCAAGUGUGCUCUGGGAAAGGGACUGAAUGCAGAAGUCAACUGCCUAUGUUUGUAACUUUGUUUUGCGUGGACCCUCCUGUUAGUAGCCUUUAAUCCUUCAGUCCAGUGGAAGAAUAAGGCCCUGAACAUAUACUUGAUGCUUUUUUGGUGUUUGGGUGUUUUUGGUUAUUGGCCUCUGUCCGGUGAGUGCUGUUUGAAGACCUGUUGUUUCUUAAUCCCUUUUCUGGGGUGACUGAUCAGGAAGCGGCCAUUGAGUCUGUCCCAUGCCACCUGUACCCUGUCCCUACUCCCCCCCGCCCCCUCAGUGCCCACCCCGUGUCGGUUUUUCUCUUUCGGUAAAAGAAUCUUUUUUUUUUCCUUGUGAUGCAUCCCUAUGGUGUAUCUGCCCCUGUGGGAAUUUACAAGCAGUGAUUGCAUCUUAACUUUGACCGUUGGGCCAUGAGCAGUUAGGAGGGCUGUGGAUGCCUGUGCUAUUUUAUUUUAGUCUCUCAUGCAGGUAGCUGUCACAUUGGUUUGGGAACAAAGGAAACUUCUCUGUAGUUCUAGGGCAAAAUGGGCAGUAUUCUGCUGGUCUUUGAGAGGUCUCAGUUAACAUUCUUCGGCUGUGGACUUUUUGACAGGAUGUAACAUUUUAGUGUACUUACAAUGAAUUGAAUCUGAGUUUCUAAAACAAUCUAUAGCUGCAAACGAUGGUGUGAGACAUUUUUGGCACAAAUCUUCAUUGUUAGUCAUUUCUUAAGCUUUAAGAUAUUAGCUAGAUCUUUGUAAAAUGAUAUCUUCGCUUACUAUGCUUUUGUGAUAUUUAGGAAUAGAUUGUGGAUGGCAGGAAAUGGAAGCAAAGGUUCUCAAUUGUGAAUGAAAUUGAGAAAGGUAGUAACUAUUCCUCAGCAGUUUGGUUAGUUAGAUGUGUUAAUAUUGAAUACUUUUGGAACAAAUGAAUGGCCGUACUCUUCAUGUCUUAACACCUACGAUAUGCACUGAUAGAAAAGCACAAAAGACCUAUCUGCAGAGUUUCUUUGUGCAUUUCACUACUGUCCUAGGGCACUGCUGCCUCUGGUGGUCAUUUUAGGUUUGUGUUUGGAUCUUGCACAAGUACCUUUUACUUCCAAAUGCGAGAGCCCAAAGAACUGAUUCUUUAAUUUUACUUUUUUGCUAAUUUCAUUUCAAAGUUAGGACAGGAGACAGGUAACCUGACUUCCAUUUUAUAAAUAUUAUAAACUGUUUUUCUUCAGUAAUAAAUAGGGAAGGAAAAUAAAACCAUGAACUAUUUUGCAUAUACAUAUAUUUGUGUAUAUAUAUAUGCACAAUAUACAUAUUUUUUCUAAUUGUUUUUGAAGUUUGCUCAUUAGCUUAAUACUUUAUAAAAAAUUCAUCUUUGCUAAAUAUUGAUUCAUACAACUCAGAUUUUUAAUUUUACCUGUUUAAUGAAAAUUUAAAAGUCUUAUUUCAGAAUAAAAUGAUGAAUCAAAUGGAAUUAUGGUUCAUGUGUUAACUAAAGUGACCAUCCAGUUUAGUUUGGAUGGGAAAGGGAAUAAGAAUUGAUUUCUUUAUAUUUCCUGCCUAUUUCCAAAACAAGAUUUGAAGUGUCUUUGAUGCUGUGGAGACUAGGUAAUGUUCAUGGAACAUACGUAGUCUUAAAACAGUUUUCUUGGGGGGUAGGUUUUAGUCUGAAAAAGGUGAAGAUAUUUAUGCUGAGUCAUGGACUGACAAAAUCUGGUAGAAAAAAAUUGAUGAAAUGGUUUUGCUAAACAUGAUAUUCCACUUGAGAAAACUGAACUUUAGAGUCAAUGUGAUAACUAAAUAGGUUUGUAAACUUUAUUCAGCAAUAAUUUUUGUCUCAUGUAAAAUGAUUUAACAUUUGAUUUUUACCUUAAUUAUAGCAGCAUUUUAUUACUUUACCUUCUAGGGCAUUUUAAUGUUUCGAGAAAGACUGUGUAAGUAAACCAUUGGAGUGAUUCUGUCCAUGGUAGUAAUGAAGUUUUUUUUUUUUUUUUUUUGCGGGCCUCUCACUGUUGUGGCCUCUCCCGUUGCGGAGCGCAGGCUCAGUGACCAUGGCUCACGGGCCCAGCUACUCCACGGCAUGUGGGAUCUUCCCGGACCGGGGCACGAACCCGUGUCCCCUGCAUCGGCAGGCGGACUCUCAACCACUGCGCCACCAGGGAAGCCCAGUAAUGAAGUUUUUGGUGCUUGUUUUGAUUGUGAAACAUUUAGGAAAAGCAGAAAAGGAACCCCCAAAUCAGCCUUGUUGCUGCACCUUAUAGUUCAAUGAAUUGAUAACCUUUAGAGUGGUAUUACUUACUGUGUUUUCAGGGCUUAUUACAUUCUGACUGAAUAGUUUUCUCUUUUCCCCUCAGUGUUAAUGAAAGGAUAAGGAUUUUACUUCUAUUGAUUUUUCACUUAUAUUGAGUGUGUCUAUCAUAAGUAAAGGAUUUCCAGUGACUCAUGUUUAUGAAUCAGGAGUUUAAAUGUUUGCAGGAUUACUGCACUUCCAAAGUUGACUAGAAAUGCCAGCUGUAUUCUCCACUGAGAAAAUGAACAAAGUCCUGUGUCUUAACAGUUAUGCUCUUUUUGAAAGCUUUUGAUGUAAAUAACACCAUUUGAGAAAUGAGAAACCUUCUAUCUUAAAUACGGUUUGAAUGAUGGAAGGUUUCCUUUGUAUUUUAAAACAUUUUUACAGUUGAUUGAUUGAUCAAAUAUUGGCUUUCUGUAAAAACAUUAUCAUGUUAAAUUUACUCUUUGUAGUGCAAUAUCAAUAAAUUUUGCUGCUUGGGCAGUUUUAAUUACUACCUUAACCUGGCUUCUGCUACUGAUACUUGUUGUAGGUUGCAAGUUGCUCAUAUUUUGGCUGCAUCUCUCUGGACCAGUAAAAAAAAUGACAAGUAUGAGAUAAAGGUAUGUUUAUGUGAUAGGAGGAAAUAUGUGAUAGGAGGAAAUAUUAAGGGUAGAGUGUCGUCUCUGCAAAAAUGAAAACUGGUAUGUAUUCUCCAUCUCAGUUUAUGGUUUGGUUGUUGAUUUUUAAAGCAAGGUUAUAUUGUGAGUUAAUUAGAUACAUAAAAUCCAACAAUUCUUCAAUUUGUAUUAAAGCCUGGUUUUCUAAAUAGAAUGCUUGCCAGUCCUUGGAUCUCAGGGGUCAGAGAAAUACAUUCUUCCCUACUAGAGACCACAGCUGUAUGAUAGAAAUUUUUAUUUAAGAUUUUAAGAAAGGAGAGUAACCAAGGUGUUAUACUCUUACUGUCAAAGGUACUUUGCUUUGAUAAUGAGAACUGACAACACUGUAGUAAUAUUCUAACAUCAGACACCUUGCAGAGCUGCUCAUCAUCCUUCUUUAGAGGCAUGGGUGACUUUCCAGCUCAUUGUUAUAUUCCCUCUUUCAGUAACUUUUUGUUAUAUUCCCUCUUUCAUUAACUUUUAAAGAGGAAAAAAGAUGCAGAUCCUUCAAUAGAUAAUUAACUCUGCGUUCAUACCAAAUCAGAAAAGGCAGCCCAGUAGACAUUGGCGAUAAAUGAGGUUUCUUUUGGCUGUUUGUUGGCCGUUUUGACCUAAUACAGUCUGUCUUGUAGUUUCCCGCUUUGAUGAGGGCUCGUGAUGUAACUAUGAAACCUGCGAUGUUUGAUAUUAAAUGUUAGACACACAGUAUUACAGGACAGCCGUAUCCUUCAGUGAAUACAGUUAAAGCACAUUAUCGAAUUAGAAAUCUUUAUUCAGAAUAUAAGAUUGUUUGUAAAAUAUUAUAAAUGUCUCUGUAUAAAUAAAUGGAUUUUUUUUUAAACAAUUCUAUAUCAAAUAACACAAAGCUAUUUUACAGCAGCUAAAACUAAAGGCAUCUGGAAACAUUUAAAGCAUACAAGUGAAGAAAAAUUACAAGGUAUAGUACAGUGUUAAAGGGCAACCUUAAAAUGAGACUUUAAUACAGUAGAACAAUACUGACAAAUGCAAACUUAGUCACAUGUGCUUUAAUAACUGACAGUACAUUCAAGCAGCUUAAAAGUAGCACAUUUUCAAAUAAUAGGAAACAAAAUCUCAUGCGAAGUAAGUCUUGACAAUGUCUAAAAACUGAUUAGACAUAGAAAAGUGAACAUGUUUCAUCAUCUUUGCACUGGGUUCAAAGAGAAGCAGAUUAUUAGGGGCUCCCGAAUGGCUGUCCUGACAUGAGCACUAUAAGUGAAUACUAUGAGUUCUACAAACAGAACAUUUUCCACGUGGAUCUGAUUUGCAAAAAAGUGCAAAAGUGAACAGUAGAGCUGGGAUAACUAAGCAGGUCAUCAGUAUGAAGGAAUUUUGUCUCUAGCUUGCUUUGUACUGCUGAGCUGGUAUUUCAGAUGAUUAGUGGAUAAAUGAUUUUGUAGCAACCUUGAUGAUCCAGUAGCAGUUGCUAUUACUGGGCCAGAAGGAUUUCUUGUCUUGGUCCUAUGCAAAAUCUCACUCAGAUGCAAUGUGACAACUUAUCCAAUGUAACCCUUCACCAAAAAUAGUUGUCGGUAUGCGAAACUUUUUCUCUACACAAGAAUUAGCAAAAAAUGAGAAUACGUGAACAGCUGCUAUUCAACUUGUAUUCUUUUCCACGUCCUUAAUGUUUUAACAGCCACUGAGUGCUCAGUGAUGCUGUGGUGGCUACAGCCAGCAUUAUAUUAAUUGAUAAUUCUGGCGCCAAUUCUGAAAAAUUAGUGUUUGGCAGCCUAAGGCAUCCCUAUUCAUCUCCUAGUGAAUAAGUAUAGUUAGUUAGAAAGUUAACUUCAAGUAUGUGAAAUAGGAACUUCAGAAGGUGACAGGUUCAGCCCGGCCUAUGUGAACACAGGAUUUCAGUUAACUAUUAUAGGAUUUUGAUAGACUUCAAUAAGAAUUGUGUACAGCAAAGGCAUAAUUUGUGUUUUGUAACAAGUGAUGCCUCUGCAAAGUAGUGCCCAGCAAGUCUCCGUGAAAGGUGGUAACAGUAUCAUUUCCUGUCAACUAGGCCAUUCCACUGGAGAAAUAAAAAAAUAAUUGCUACAUGAUUUUUUCAGAAUUUUUUACAGUGUUGUUUUACCAAGCUGUCACGUGGUGCAGAAAAACAAAAAUGUUACUUAUGCUUCCUCCCCACCCACAAAAUCCUUGGCAACCCUAUAGGAUGCACCCUAAUUAAAAUUCAAUUCAGAAAUUUCAGUCAUCAUAAUUCUCUCCCCCUUUGGGCUCUAAAAACUGUCUAAUUAAAAGCUGUUUGCUGCAUCUACAAAUAGGUGCAGCUGUAAACUUAGGGAACAUGACCUUUGUUCACUUUAUAGAGAGUUUAGUUUCAUGGAUGAGCCAUAAUCCCAGCUAUGCAUUUGCAAAUAGUUUAUGGAAAAAGCUUAGGGCUUUCAGAAGUCAUAAUAAUAAAAGUUUGGGUGUCUUCUGUAGUCUUUCUCAUUACUUCACUUAAAACACAAGCAUGAUACCCCAAACUCUUGAGAGCUUUAAGAUAUUUGAUAGAAUUAAAAAAUAAUUGCAGGAUAAUUUCUGUGGGCCAUAGGAGACAAUUCAUGCCAUCUGCAUAGGCAAUCCAGCCCAGAUCGGGUAAUUAUGAGGCAUUUUUUUCACUUGAAAUAAUGUAAUCUAUAUGCAGCUGGGAACUAGGAGACUUUUCUGUGAUUUCAGGUUUUCCUUAGAAUAGUAAAAUCUUUACUGUCCUCAUCCUAAAAAGAAAGCCUCAUCAGCUCUAACUUGGACUGCCUCCCUGGAGAAGGGGAAUGUCCCUGUAAAGUCUUGCUGUAGGCUCAGAGGAAGACUUAGUAAGGUAUGCAUUAUCUCACAGGAGGAUUAAGCAAUUAUGUUUAACUGCCACUUAAUUUUUUUUUAUUCUACCAUUCCAGUUUCAGGCAGCAUGGAUAUUAACUUCAGAAACCUGACAUGCUAGCAGAUGAGAGUGAAUAUGCAACAGUUAAUUAUCUGCAUUGGCAAUGAUAAAACAUCUAGUGUACCUCUGAGGUAGGGAGGACAUGAUAAAUCCCAACUGUCUGAUCACAUAAGAUACAUAAGCAUCAGUAGCUUUUGGUGUAAAUCUCAAAAGGGAAUCUUACCGCCUACAAUUCCAUGGCAGUUUUGGUAGCUGGUACACAUGGGGUUCGGCAGAACAUCAGAUCCGGUUGGUAGGUGCACGUGUUGAUGGCACUCCAGCAAUAGACAGAAGUCUCUUUUACUUGAGAUUUUUGCCUCAGUGUAGUAGUGGGAAAUUAUACUCCAAGGGAACUUUCUUCUCAUGCCUAUUUCUCUAAGAGCCAGAGACAACUCUGAACAGCGAAGGUGACUGCCUAAAAGGGUUAACCACUGAGGAUUAAAACAAACAUAUGAAAGUCGGAACAUUUUUAACCUUGUACAAGUUAUAAUUAGGAUCACUGUUUACCUCUGAUGGAGAUGUUAAUAUAAACCAGCUCCUAUUUAGAAAGAAAAAUUCAGGUUAUAAAAAAAGAAAAUGAUCCAGGCACCUGUAAUCAUUUAUUUAAUCAAUGCGGUUUUAGUAAGCCCUGCAAUUAACAUAAUAACCAAGUGCCCAUAGGUUCACCUUCAACAAGGACUGUGUCUUAGGGGAGUAUGUGAAAAAUAUAAGGAAAGGUAAUCAACUAUUUAAUAGCUUUUAUUCUACACAUUUAUAAAAGUAACAGUUUUGCCAGGGAAAUAGUUUUCACCCAACCACCAUAUAUCUGAAAGUAUUAUGCUGAAGUAUAAACUCAAAAUGAGGCCAAGUAGGCUCAGUAAUACUGGGGCUCAUAAUGUAGGAGCUUGAGACUUCCCAGGUCUGGAGGAGUUCCAUGACCCUAGAAGAGCAGGUUCUGUUUUCACUUGGAGCAACAAGAAUGGUAGACAGAGGUCCUGCAUCAGCUACACUUUUUAGUGUUGGUGAAAAUGAAGACCAUCCCUCUGUUUUGAUACCUGUUCAAUCACACAAGAGAAAGCCAUGAAUGGUUCCCCGCUUUGCACAGUCCGGUUUGCUUAGGGAGGACGUUUUCCCUGGGCAUGUUGGAAAAACGGGGAAAACCAUGAUUUCAUCUGUUACACCUUUUUUUGCACACACUUUUCAGCCAAAUCAUUUUCCUUGUAACAAAAUGAAACUAUCCGAAGAGUAAAAAUUGACUUAAUGUCACAAGAACCAAGUUUACCUGAUUCUACAGAAACAAAUUUACCUGAAUUUUAUAGAAACACAAGCCAGUGGGUACUUCACAGCAUCCAAAAGCUGGGUCUUUCACACUGGUACCAGUUGAUUUUUUUUUUUUUUUUUUUUUUGAAUAUGGGGCAGCCUCACUGCUGGCCUGAGAAAGAAGGGUAGUUGCUUUGGGAUAGAACUGCUCUGCCUUCCAAGAUGGUGGCUAGAGUGUCCUGCCCCAUUGUGCAGAAGGCUGAGGAACUUGUGUCAUGCCCUCUGAAAGCAGCUCAUGGACACGGGGAAGUGAAUGCAGUGACCUGAUCAUAAGCAAAACAUAGUGAACUGUGGCAUUGGGCAUAUUUCUCAUAGGUGACUUCAGGUGGGUCUUCAGGUGCUACAGAAUAAAUGGCAAGUGGUCCUUUAAGAUGUAUCAGUCAGCGUACGGCAGCGACAGAAGAACUGAAAAAAGUGAAAGGUGCAACAGGGAAGGUUAUAGUAGAAAAGGGAUGAAGAAUUGAUUUUAAAAUGGAAGACCUUCCUGAAAGAAUUCAGGUACUUUGUUCCUGCCCAGUCCUGUCAGCAUUUUGCUUGAAAUUUCCCCUGUUGAAACACCAUAUGCUACCCAUCACCGUGUCUCUGGGGGAUAAAAAGAGGCCUCAACAGCCCUUCCCUCACCCCCUGCCCUUUGUAAGAGGAGUGUAGCCUGCAAAACAUUAUCUACUCAGCAUCCUGCCUCUUGCCCUUAGCGCAAUAGAGGCAGGUCCAGACCUAACUACAUGUUCAUGUGGAUGAGCUUUGAUUCGUGUAGAACAGCAAUUAUGUAGUGCCCUGGGGUGGUGGAAAGUACUAAUGCGUCUCUGCUCCUGACAAAAGUUUAGUUCCCUUACUCGUAUCAGCGGGAUUCUCUCAGCUCCAAGCCUUGGCUGUUAAUAAGGCUCCACCAGGACGGGGAAACCUCAGUCUAAAGACAGCUGCCUGCCCAGGCCUGCUUUCACAGUGAGAGGUGAAGGAAGUUCUCAUUCUCCCACACAGAGUUGUUCAGACCCAACUGCUCUACCUGUAGCUUCAACAUAUCUGGGACUGUAAGGAACACCUGUGUGCCAUUCGCCUGUGCUUGACAUCCCAGAACACCUCUGAGUGACAGCCUGUGUCUUAAAUGUUGAUACCUGGGACUUGAAAACCAAAGCCUGGUUGCAAUAAACAAAGCAGCAGUUCUUCUAGAUGCUGAGCACGGUCUCCGCACCACCCCCCUGCCCCCUCUCCCCCCGGGGCAGUUUUCCUCUGAAGGAGAAGGAAAGAGGAGAAAUUAGGGAUGUCAGAGAUAAGGCUGCUGUCUACCAAAAAGAGAAGAAAAGAAUGGAAAAUCUUGAAGAGGUGAUGCCUGGAUUAUACCACCAAUGCACAAGUUCCAGAACAGAAAGGUGGGAGAGUGAUAGAGCCAGUGCUGAAAGCAGAAGCAAGACCUGCGGAGCCGGCACACACACGGCAGGGGUUCCCACGCCGUCCACAGCCCAGGAGGGGAGGGGCAGGAUCCUCUGGAUACAGUCUACACCACGUCCCAGGGCUGAGUCCAGGGCACUCUAUUGUCCAAGUGCUGACCUACCUGCCAACCUUCCCUUUUCUCCUUCUCCCAACAGGUUACUCUGUCCUCUGGGGCCCCUCUCUCCUCAGCGACCUGCUAGACUUUAGCCUCCACGGACAGAACCGUGGAGCCUGAGUGCCGAUUAAAGCGAAGUUUCAUUGGUGUGAGGCCUUGAGUUCUCCUCCUCCAGCAGAGCUAUUCUUUGCUUUAGCAUCCUCACUUGGGUCUCAUGUCUCUCCACCAUGGCCAUCAUCUGAGACUCCAGCUUCUUCAGUUUGUUUUGAUGCUUCUUCUUUGCUUUCUCAUAGGCAGCCACCAGGUUGCUAUGUGGGAACAGAAGGAAAUGAGAAUGAAGAUUUAUCCUAAGUAGCACUGAGAUGCACACUGUCCUGCCCACUGGGUAACCUGGUCCAGUAAGUACCACUCCAAACAGAGGACACUCAGCCUCUUCAGUAAGAAUUUGAAAUCAAGUGGUAUUUCAACGCUCACGGCCACUCAUGUAUUGACUUAACCACGAUUCAUUCAGCCUGACUGCUAGAGGCUUGUCACUAACGUAUCGGAAGGGAUUUAAACCAACAAUCCAAACUGGCCACAUCCAAAACAGAUAAGCAGAAAAGGUAGCUGAAUUCCAGACAUCUGUCAUGGAAAUACCAAUAGUGGAUCUACUUGCUGUUCCAUGGCUGCUUGCAGCAUGGUCAAGUGGCAGUUGCAGGAGGGAGUUCCUCACACACUGCAGUCUAAGUCACCUCACCUAGGAUGAGGACAGAGAGGCACCAACCGUUUCCCUUUAUGCUUUGGGCUGACGGGAUUCAGAGCACACAGGCCAUAAGCUACUAAUGCUGCCAGCCAAACACAGGACACAGGCCUCUGGGGGAAGAGGGCAGGGGCUGAGCCCAGAGGUAUAGGUAGGUCCCCAUACUCUCUCUGGUCCAAAACAGCACCCCCAGAUCCCUUCCAUAUACUGUUAGGUUCUCAAAGUGUAGUCUGAGAACCGACCCCCAGUAGUCCCAAAGCCCUCUCAAGGGAAAUCUGUGAGGUCCUUUAUUUUCUAACUACAGAUGUACAUGAAGCUGGGUUUCCUCAGUAUGUUUCAAAACCACAUAUUGCCUGGAGAAGCGGAUGUGAGAAUCUAGCUGUCCUGAAUUAAACCAAAUAUUAAAAGAUAUUUGUAAAAUUGUAGAAACAGUGCCACUCUUUUAAUUAUUUUUUGGAAAAGAGUAAUUUUUUAAAUAAAUGCCAUUUGUAUUCUAUGUAGUGAGUUGUGGGGUUUUUUGUACAUGAAUAAAAACUUAAAAUUUGUUUUAGUUUCUCAAAUGAAAUUUAUCAAGACAGAUAAUUUUUAAGAACAAAACUCUUUGAGGUCCUUACUUUUUUACAGGGGUCACGAGCCCACAACGUUUGCGGCUGCUGUCUUAGAGCAAUGCUCCCUAAAGUGUUCCACCCGAUUUUUGAAUGCUGCUCAAAAAAAAAGUUGUGUAGCCAGUUUUGCUUUGAAAACAUUGGCUUAAACAUAGGCUGAUUUUUUUUUUUUUUUUUAAACUGAAUGACUUCUCAGAACCUUUCCUAUAUGAAGUGUUAGGAAGGGACCACAGUCUGCUGCAUCUCCCAGACACAUCUGACCCAAGGACUUGUCCUUACGGAGCAUUUCUUAAGUUUCUGUGGAACACUGGGAAAUCAUACCCUAGGGAAGGUCAGGCUCUAAGGGAGACAGCUGAGGAUUCACUGUUCUCUACAGCUGAUUUCCAGCAAUUACGGAAACGUUCUCCCUGGUGUAUGAGUCCAAGCACUGCUGUGGAUUACAAACGGAGAAUUUACCUGUUGGCUCGCUUUAGGUCAUUAACGAACUCCGCUGAUUGCUGGUGUCGGAUUUCACUGCUCUUGGUCAGUCUUUCCAAGGCACUCACCAGCUCCUGAACUCUGGCCUUUAACUUCUUUUCUCUGUAUCAAGGAGAGAUGCAGCAUGUUGUGAGUAACGUGAGAGAACGGAGAUGGCUGCUGCCCUGGCAGAGAGGAGGAAGGCUUAGCCUGCCAAGUCCAAAGGCAGGAGUACAGACCAAAGGGGAGACACCAGAGAGCACAAGAGCGCCCCUCUGCAGAGCCCGAACACCACCACCGCAGUCUCGAAGGCCCGCUGGAGUCUGCUUUUAAUGAUAAGGGCCCUUUAGAGAUCUAAGUGCGUGUUGCAGAGGAAUAGGACAGGAAGUUGUUUCUCGUCUUCCAGACGGAGAAGUUCCUUCCUGCUGUGGGCAGACCAGCAAGCAGAGUGCAGUCUGACCACAAACCCCUGUCCUGGUCUCUGUGCUCUUUUCCAAGUGUGCUAAGCAUCUCCUGAACCAUGCGGGGAUUCAAGAGUAUAAACCUGGCCUGGGUAGCCUACCUGGGAUGAGUCCCUUCUCAAUGAAAUCAACACAGUCCUACCAGGCAAAAUAAAAAAAGGUGUGGUCGUGGUAGAGGGAGAAUUGGUAUUCUCAUCCUUGAUCACAUUUCAAGUACGGAAGUUAUAUUCGCGCUCAUUCAACUCCCCCAGUCCCUGGCUUCAAGUUCCAUUGGGUCUUUACUACUGCAGGGACCCGAGACAAGUGACUUAGGAGGUUUUUGGUGUCCAAGUCAGCUUACUGCCUUCCUCUAAUUCCCGAGAGCACAGACCUGGGCGGGGAGGCGUCACCGACCACCCUCCUCCCUCCCGAGGUCCCCAUCACAGGCACGGUGCCACUCUGUGUUCGGUCACACGUGGCACGCUCGGCAUGGUCGUAAUCUGCUCAGCAGACUCCCCCACCGGCAUGCAGGCUCUAGGGCGGCAAGGACCUUAUUUGGUUUCUUCCCUGACGUAUCCUGAGUGCCGAACGCCGUGCGAGGGGAUAGUUUCACAGUGACAACAGUUGUUAAAACAGGUCACUGAAGGUAUGGGAUACCUUGGAGCGUACCGAGUAACCAGGAUUUAUGGAAGAAACUCCUCUAAAAACAACUCAUGAGCGUAUGAGGAAUGUAAAUUAGCAUGAUGGUUCUGGAAGGCAUUUGCCAGCAUCUAGCAAAAUACAAAAUGAACCCAUCCCUUGACUAAGAAACUUUAUAGGAAUUUUCCUUACAGAAACAGUAUGAGUGUAGGUUCCUAUACAUGAGAUGACAGUUGGAUUCACUUCAGCUCUGGUUAUAAGCUUAAGAAUGGGAAACAACCAGGGGGCUGGUUAAGUCACUCAGGGUCUCCUAGUGGUUCUCUUGAAAUGCUCUUCCCUGUUAAUAAAGCAUGCAGACUGACGUGCACUGGCACGGAAGAGCAGCUGAUACACUGUCAAGCGAAAAGGGUGAGUUCCAUUGGAUGUCAUGUUUGCAGAAACAACCAAAAAUGUGUGAAUAGCUGAUAUACUGUAGUGACUGACUAGAAGGCUAAACACUCAACAGUGCUGAACUCCAGGAAGGGGGAUGACGGGACGCUUUCACUUUCUACCUGACUCAUUUCGAGUUGCUUGAAGUGUUUAUAAUUUUGGAUGCUUUUGUAAAGUGUGUGCGGAGUCUCAGUUGUGCUUCCUGUAGGAUGGGCCUGGGGGGUGACCUUGAAGGGGAGGACUCACAGGUGCUCAGUGGUUCAGCCCUGGUUCUCCCCUCCUGGCUUUUCAAGUAUCUAAUCUUUAACAUUUCUGCCUCCAGCUACUGUAAGUGCAGUUCCAGCUUCCCAAAUUCAUUAAUGAAGAAAGGAAUUGCAACACAAAACUCCAGGCCUGCUUCUGUGAGUGAGGAUAAGUGUGCGUAGCGCCCAGUGACUUCCUCCCACCAGCCCUAAGGGAGCUGGAGGCCCCCCCCUCCCCCGCAGAGCCUUCCAGCUAGUGCCUCCUGGUUGCUGAGGUUUCUCCUGGGCCCUAGUGGCCACCAGGAAAUCUCACAUCUGGCUGCAUUUCCCACUGGAAUCCCAGAGUGGCACCAUUUCCCACCAUAAGUGAGAAUGGGUCUCGAGAGGGCGGCUCCUCCCUCCUUCCCCAGCCCAUCCCCUCAGCCUUGCAGGCAGCCCUCCGUCAGCUGAGGAAAAGUUAGGAGAGCAUGAAAGAUUUCUCCCCUCUUCCCUCUGGCUACAAAGAAUAGGGAAGGGUUAUUUGUUUUACGUUUUGUUACUGUUUCAAAUUCUUUUAUCUUUAUUCUGAAGUCGAUUAAUAGUGCAAAAGGAAAGAAGAAAAUUACGAAGAGAAUUUAAAAUCUAACCAUGAAUUCAAAUUCACAACAUAAAACUGCCUGGAGUGAUACGGCUUCUUCCCCACCCCCUAAUUACAUCCGCAUCCCUGCCCCACCCCAAAGGGCGAGUGUGGAAAUCCCAGCUCCCGCAAAACGAAGGGCCCAGGCCCCUGGGGACUGGAGGGAACCUUCCAGAACUGGCAGGCUCCAAUGGAGGAUGGAACCCAGGAAGGCAAGAGAGGCCCUCAGAGACCCUGCCCAACCCUGGCUGGGGGUGAAGGGAGAUGGGGACAGGGCUGGGAGCGGGAAGCCAUCUCUGGGAGCUGAGAACUGUCCCCAGAACCCCUUAGGCCUCCGGAAGGGAGGGAGAUGGGAGUGAACUGCUGUCCAAACACCAGGGUAGAAAACCAUGAUGCUGAUUUAUUUAAAGCUAUAAAGACAGGCUAAACCUCAAACUUAAACCUAAAAUGUGAGUUACUUUAUACCUGUUUUUGUUUGAGCGAGGCAGACGCCUGCAGUACGAGUCAUGCCUCUGGCGUCGCUUGUCUGGACAAACGCUAAACCCCUGUGCGGUAGCAACUCUAGGGCCGCUUCCCACACGCAGCCUAGAGGCGUCAGGAGGCCAUUUGGGCACUUGAAACUCAGCCAGUCUGAUCUGAGAUGUGCUGUAAGUGUACAAUACACACUGGAAUUUGAAGACUUAAUAUGAAAAAAAGAAGGUCAAAUAACUGAAAAAACAUUGAUUAUAUGUUGAAAUGAUAAUAUUUUAGAUACACUGGGCUAAAUAUGUUAAUUUCCCUGUUCGUUACAGUUUUUAACGUAGCUACUAGAAAAUGCAGUUACACACAUCAUGGCUUUCCUUUGUGGCUCAUGUGAUGUUACUCGCGGACAGUGCUGCUCUAGAGCAUGUGUUUAUAGUAACAGUACCAGGGGUAUCCCUGGAUUCUGAUUCAGUAGGUUUGGGUUGAGACCCAGGAAGUGCAGUUUCAAGAAGUGCUCCAGGGCUUCCCUGGUGGUGCAGUGGUUAAGAAUCUGCCUGCUAAUUCAGGGGACACGGGUUCGAGCCCUGGUCCGGGAAGAUCCCACAUGCCGCAGAGCAACUAAGCCCGUGAGACACAACUACUGAGCCCGUGUGCUGCAACUACGGAAGCCCAUGCGCCUAGAGCCCAUGCUCUGCAACAAGAGAAGCCACCGCAAUGAGAAGCCCGCACACCACAACAAAGACCCAACACAGCCAUAAAUAAAUAAAUAAAUAAAUUUAAAAAGAAGUGCUCCAGGUGACCAAAACAGCACGGUAUUGGCAUAAAAAGAGACACAUGAUCAAUACAACAGAAUAGAGAGCCCAAUUAAUUUAUGAUAAAGGAGCCGUGUGUGUGUAUAAUGGGGAAAGGACAGUCUCUUCAAUAUAUGGUCUUGGGAGAACUGGACAGCUACAUGCAAGGGAAUGAAACCGGAUCACUGUCUUACACCAUACACAAAAAUUAACUCAAAAUGGAUUAAAGACCUGGUAAGGCCUGAAGCCAUCAAACUCCUUCCUAGAGAAAACACAGGCAGUAAGCUCCUUGACAUCAAUCUUGGUGAUGAUUUUUUGAAUCUGACACCAAAAGCAAAUAUAAAUAAAAGGGACUACAUCGAACUAAAAUUCUGCACAUCAAAGGAAACCACAAAAUGAAAGGGCAACCUACUGAAUGGGAGAAAAUGUUUACAAAUCAUGUAUCUAAUAAAUAAAGAAUCCAUACAACCCAAUAGGAAAAAAACAACCUGAUUAAAAAAUGAGCAGAAGCCAGGGUUUGAAUGAAAGAGAAAAUUAAUAAAAGAAAAAUGAGCAGAAGAGAGAAGAUCUAAAUAGACAUUUUUCCAAAGAAGACAAACAGAUGGCUAACAGGCAUAUGAAAAGAUGCUCGACAUCACUAAUCAUCAGGGGAAUGCAAAUGAAAAUGACAAUGAGAUAUUGCCUCAUACCUGUCAGAAUGGUUAUUAUAAAAAAGACAAGAAAUAACAAAUGUUGGUGAGGAUGCAGAGAAAAGGGAACCCUGUGUACUGUUGGUGGGAAUGUAAACUGGUGUAGCCACUAUGCAAAACAGAAUGGGAGUUCCCCAAAAAAUUAAAACCAACAUAUCCAGCAAUUCCACUUCUGGGUAUUUAUCCAAAGAAAAUGAAAUCCCCACCCUGAAAAGAUGUCUGCACCCCCAUGUUCACUGCAGCACUAUUUACAAUAGCCAAGAUAUGAAAACAACCUAAGUGCCCAUCGGUGGAUAAAUGGAUAAAGAUGUGGGAUACAUACACAAUGGAAUAUUAUUCGGCCAUAAAAAAAAGUGAAAUUUUGCCGUUUGCAACAACAUGGAUGGACCUUGAGGGCAUUAUGCUAAGUGAAAUAAGACAAAAACAAAUACUGUAUGAUCUCACUUGUAUGUGGAAUCUAAAAAAACAAAAAGCAAGCUCAUAGAUACACAGAACAGACUGAUGGCUGCCAGAGGUGGGGCUGGGGGUGGGCGAAAUGGGUGAAGGGGGUUAAAAGGUACAACCUUCCAGUUAUAACAUAAAUAAGUCCCGAGGAUGUAAUGUACAGCAUGGUGACUAAAUGUUACUGGACUGUGUAUUUGAAAGGUGCUGAGAGAGGAGAUCUUAAAAGUUAUUACAAGUAAGAAAUUUUUUUGGUAACUAUGGUGACAAAUGUUAACUAGACUUAUUAUGGUGAUCAUUUUGCAAUAUAUACAAAUAUUGAAUCAUCACGUUGUACACCAGAAACUAAUAUAAUGUUAUAUGUCUAUUAUGCCUCAAUAAAAAAGAAUGCCUCAGGUGA